GUUGCUAUAUAAACAGGAGUGGUAGCUACCGUUUUCAAUUCAUUUUCAAUCCACGAUUUCAAAGAGUGCAGUAUAAUACGUUUUGCAUUUGCUUUUCGAUUUGUUGUGACAAUUAAAAUCGACAGAAUUGUUUUGCAUCUCGAAUUAGCUAAUACGCCAUCAACAUGCCAAAAAUCCCCGCUGUUGGAAUUGAUCUGGGUACCACCUACAGCUGUGUCGGUGUGUUCCAGCAUGGAAAAGUGGAAAUCAUCGCCAACGACCAGGGCAAUCGCACCACCCCGAGCUAUGUUGCCUUCACGGAUACGGAGCGUUUGGUGGGAGACGCUGCCAAGAACCAGGUGGCCAUGAAUCCCCAGAAUACCGUCUUCGAUGCCAAACGUCUCAUCGGGCGCAAAUUCGACGAGCAGACAGUGCAGGCUGACAUGAAGCACUGGCCCUUCAAAGUGAUCAGCGCGGGUGGCAAGCCCAAGAUCGAAGUGGAGUACAAGGGAGAAACCAAGACCUUCAAUCCGGAGGAGAUCAGUGCCAUGGUGUUGGGUAAGAUGAAGGAGACAGCUGAAGCAUAUUUGGGCGGCAAGGUCACCGAUGCAGUUGUUACCGUUCCUGCUUAUUUCAACGACAGCCAGCGUCAAGCGACGAAGGAUGCUGGACGGAUUGCCGGACUGAAUGUGCUGCGCAUUAUCAAUGAGCCCACCGCCGCCGCCCUGGCAUACGGUCUGGAUAAGAAGAUGAAGGGUGAGCAGAACAUUCUGAUUUUCGAUCUGGGCGGUGGCACCUUCGACGUGUCCAUUCUGACGGUCUCCGAGGGAUCCAUGUUCGAAGUGCGCUCGACGGCUGGCGACACGCACUUGGGUGGGGAGGACUUCGACAAUCGCAUGGUGAACUACUUUGUGGAGGAAUUCCAGCGGAAACACAAGAAGGAUCUGAAGGCCAAUGCCCGCGCCAUUCGCCGUCUGCGCACUGCUUGCGAACGUGCCAAACGGACGCUGUCCAGUUCCGCGGAAGCCAAUGUGGAAAUUGAUUCGUUGCACGAGGGUGUCGACUUCUACAGCAAAAUAUCCCGUGCCCGCUUCGAGGAGUUGUGCUCUGAUUUAUUCAGGAGCACAUUGCAACCUGUUGAGCGCGCCCUGACCGAUGCCAAGCUGGGCAAAGGAGAUAUCCAAGAAAUUGUGCUGGUUGGCGGUAGCACUCGUAUCCCUAAGGUGCAGAAGUUACUGAAGGAGUUUUUCAACGGAAAAGAACUGAACGGGUCCAUUAAUCCUGACGAAGCUGUUGCCUAUGGUGCUGCUGUGCAAGCUGCCAUCCUGACAGGCGACAAGAGCCAGGAAAUCAAGGAUGUGCUGUUGGUGGACGUGGCUCCCUUGUCGCUGGGUCUGGAGACUGCUGGCGGUGUGAUGACCAAGCUGGUGGAGCGGAACACGCGCAUCCCAACCAAAACCUCCCAGGUCUUCACAACAUAUUCCGACAACCAGCCAGCCGUCACUAUCCAGGUGUACGAAGGCGAGCGUGCCAACAAAGACAACCAUUUGCUGGGACGUUUUGAUCUGACGGGGAUUCCUCCGGCGCCGCGUGGUGUGCCCAAGAUCGAAGUGACGUUCGACAUCGACGCCAACGGUAUCCUUAACGUUUCUGCCGAAGACAAGAGCACGGGUAAAUCUGAGAAGAUCCGCAUUACAAAUGAAAAGGGCCGCCUGUCGAAGGACGAAAUCGAACGCAUGGUCAAAGAGGCGGAAACCUAUGCUGACGAAGAUGCCAAACAGCGCGAACGGAUUUCCGCCAGAAAUGAAUUUGAAGGAUAUGUCUUUGGAGUCAAGCAGGCUGCCGAAGAACACGGUGAUAAGUUGUCCAGUGCGGAAAAAGAUCAGGUACUGGACAAAUGCAAGGAAGCCAUUAGCUGGUUGGACCGGAAUAAUUUGGCCGAUAAGGAAGAAAUCCAGUUCAAGAUGCAGGAGAUCCAGAAAGCCUGCUCGCCCAUCAUGGCCAAAUUACAUGGAGGAGGAGCCAGCGCUGGGGGCGCUCCGGGGGGAGAUAACCGCGGUCGUGGGCGACAGCAAGGCGGACAAGGUGGUCCUACUAUUGAGGAAGUUGAUUAAUUGAUAUGACAAAUGUGUUUUGUGUUUUUGCCACUUCGGCACUUCCUGAUGUUCUUCUGGCACUCGUUACGCUGAAGCAGCGAUUGUGCAUUGCCAUUAUCUCAAAUUUAAUUCGUUAUGCAGAAUUUAUUGGCCUUUCUGUUUAGUUUUGCAUUUUUCUUUUUGUACUGACAUGUAUAAAUUAUUAUUAUAUUAGCACUAACAACAUACCCUGUUUGUGGUUGCUUACCGUUUCUGAUUUGUAGACGGCUAAAAUAAAAAAUAUUUGAAAA